AUGCAUCCUGAUGCAACCUUUACAUUAGCAAUUAAUCACUUAUCAGAUCGACGUAUUCAAGAAAUCGUAUCUCCACGAAGAAAGUCAAUUAAAUCUUAUGCAUCGUCAUCAUCAUUCAAAACGUCAACUGAUGUUCAAGAUUUACCCAGCAGACUUGAUUGGCGUGAGAAAGGUGUUAUUACAGAAGUGUAUCAUGAUGAAGUAGGAAUGAUUGUUACUGCUGUUGUCAGCACCGAACUCGUUGAAACGCUUCAUGCGAUCGAAACCGGUAAACUUAUUGCAGGCAGUAUCUCACAAGUAUACGAUUGUUGUCAACAGCCUGUUGACGCUUUUGAUUGUAUCAAGAAUAUGAGUGGUAUUUGCCGAAAAGUAGAUUAUCCGAAGGAACUGGGCAAAUGUCAACCGAAUACAUGCACACCAUUUGCCACUUUUGAUACAAUUAAACGAAUGGGAAAACCUGAUGAAAAUGUGAUGCUAGAAUGGAUUCAAGAUUCGACUUUAUGGGCAGAGAUGAAUGUUCAGGGGAAAGGUUUUGUUACGUAUAGCGGAGGUAUUUACGAUGAGCCAUCGUGUGCUCAACAUGAUUUGAAUGAUGUCGUACAAAUUGUUGGAUAUGGCAGCGAAGAAGGAAAACCGUACUGGAUAUGCAGAAAUUACUGGGGCUCAAAUUGGGGUGAAAAAGGGUAUUUUCGAAUUGUACGCGGGAAAAAUAUGUGCGGAAUUGCUGAUCUCAUUAUACAAGUGGCAAAUACGAAGAAAAGUGUCGCUACUCAACAAAGUCCUCUUCUUUUCAUCCUUUUUGUAGCAGCGAUCAUCCCAAUGAUUAUUAAUCAUUAA